GACGAGCAAGAGAGAGAGGGAGCGAGAGAGAGUAGGAGGAGAGAAAGGGGGAAGACGAGGAGGAGCUUGCCGCUUCCAUACCGUUUCAACCGAGCAACAUCAGCACCGAAACUUGCUGCCUGACUCUCCGCAUCUCUCCAUCACACCAGUUCUUCUCUUAACUAAUGCUGUAGUACUCACUCAUUAAGCCAUACAGGCUGAUCAUUGUUGUUUAAGUCCAUUUUUUUCCUCCUUUCCCCCCUCCCUAUACUUGCAAUGCGCUCAGCUUAGUUUUUUUCCAUUGUUCAGGGUUGUUCAGGGCUCAUUUGAACGGAUAUGGUCACAACCCCGCCGUCUCAAAGUGGAGCCACCGCGUGUUACUCGGAUUGGCGCGCUCCUGCAGGGGCUGGGAUGCGCGCCAGGCACCUCACGGUUCCUCCCGGGGUUCGGGUCUGACCAGGACUCCAGCGCCGGCCCCGGGCGGAGAGCCAGGAGGAGUCAGUCGACCCGAAGCAGGAUGCCGGUGAUGAGAGGGCUGCUGGCCCCGCAGAACACCUUCCUGGAUACCAUCGCCACCCGCUUCGAUGGCACCCACAGCAACUUUGUGCUGGGCAACGCACAGGUCCAGUCGCUGUACCCCAUCGUGUACUGCUCCGACGGCUUCUGCGAGCUCACGGGCUACGCCCGGGCCGAGCUCAUGCAGAAGAGCUGCGCCUGCCACUUCCUCUACGGCGCCGAGACCAGCGAGCUGCUCACCACCCAGAUCCAGGGGGCCCUGGAUGACCGCCGGGAGUUCAAGACCGAGCUGGUGUUCUACAAGAAAGGAGGUACCCAGUUCUGGUGCCUUCUUGACAUUGUGCCCAUCAAGAAUGAGAAGGGGGAGGUGGUGCUGUUCCUGGUGUCCCACAAGGACAUCACCGAAAACAAGAAGGACCAGGACCCUGAGCUGGGGGGUGAAACAGACGAGGAGACGGGCCUGAAGGUGCACCAGGUGACACGGCCCCCGGGGUUCAAUGCUAACCGGCGGCGCAGCCGCGCGGUGCUCUACCACCUGUCCGGACACCUGCAGAAACAAGACAAGAGCAAGCUGAAGCUCAACAACAACAUGUUUGGCGACAAGCCGCCCAUCCCAGAGUACAAGGUCGCCGCCAUCCAGAAGUCCCGCUUCAUCCUGCUCCACUACGGCGCCUUCAAAGCCGGCUGGGAUUGGCUGAUCCUGCUGGCCACCUUCUACGUGGCGGUGACCGUGCCCUAUAACGUGUGCUUCACCGUGGUGGGGGGGCGGGACGAGGGCAGCGGGGGCGGCUCGCGGAGCCCCCCCAGUGUCAGCGACAUCCUGGUGGAGAUCCUCUUCAUGCUCGACAUCCUGCUGAACUUCCGGACCACCUUUGUCAGCACGUCGGGCCAGGUGGUGUACGACGCCCGCUCCAUCUGCGUCCACUACGUCACCACCUGGCUCUUUGUUGACCUCAUCGCUGCCCUGCCCUUUGACCUUCUCUACGCCUUCAACGUCAGUGUGUACUUUGGCGUUCACCUGCUGAAGACGGUGAGGCUGCUGCGGCUGCUGAGGCUGCUGCAGAAGCUGGAGCGCUACUCCCAGUACAGCGCUGUGGUGCUCACCCUGCUCAUGUCCAUGUUCGCCCUGCUGGCCCACUGGAUGGCCUGCGUCUGGUACUUCAUCGGCCGCAGAGAGAUCGACGGCUCCACGUCCUGGGAUAUCGGCUGGCUGCAUGAGCUGGCAAAGCGCCUGGGCACACCCUACUUCCUGUCCCCGCCCUCCACGCUGGACCACAACACGCUGUCCACGGCGGCUGUCUCCGGCCUCCCGGCCAAUGACAGCGGCCGCUGGAAUGCGUCGGCGGCCUCCGCGGUGGCCUCAGGGUGGGACAACUGGAACGGGAGCCUUCCCGGGGGCGUGGCUGAGACGGUCACCGCUGUGAUGGGGACGAGCGGGGCGGUCGGCGCCGACGGCGGCGGGGGCGGUCCCGGACUAGGCGGCGGGCCGUCCAUGCGCAGCAGCUAUGUGACGUCGCUGUACUUCGCCCUGAGCAGUCUGACCAGCGUGGGUUUCGGCAACGUGUCGGCCAACACCGACUCUGAGAAGAUCUUCUCCAUCUGCACCAUGCUCAUCGGAGCCCUGAUGCAUGCGGUGGUGUUCGGUAACGUCACGGCCAUCAUCCAGAGGAUGUACUCGCGGCGCUCGCUGUACCACACGCGCACCAAGGACCUGAAGGACUUCAUCCGCGUGCACCGGCUGCCCAAAGCCCUGGAGCAACGCAUGCUGGAGUGCUUCCAGACCACCUGGUCCGUGAACAACGGGAUCGACGUCAACGAGCUCCUGAAGGACUUUCCCGACGAGCUGCGGGCCGACAUCGCCAUGCACCUAAACAAGGAGCUGCUGCAGCUGACGCUGUUCGAGUCGGCCAGCAGGGGGUGCCUGCGCUCGCUCUCCCUCAUCAUCAAGACCUCCUUCUGCGCCCCGGGGGAGUUCCUCAUCCGGCAGGGGGACGCGCUGCAGGCCAUCUACUUCGUUUGCUCGGGCUCCAUGGAAGUCCUGAAGGACAACACUGUGCUGGCCAUACUGGGAAAGGGGGACCUGAUUGGCUCGGACUCGCUGACCAAGGAGCAGGUGAUCAAGACCAACGCCAACGUGAAGGCGCUGACCUACUGUGACCUGCAGUACAUCAGCCUGAAGGGCCUGCGGGAGGUGCUGCGGCUCUACCCCGAGUACUCCCAAAAGUUCAUCAGCGAGAUCCAGCACGACCUCACCUACAACCUGAGGGAGGGCCACGGGGCCGACGCGGACUGGGAGAGCAACGGCGGGUUGGUGAAGAAGCUGCCGUCCAUCCGGGAGGAUGAGGAGGGGGACGAUGAGCUGGGCACCGUGUCCUGCGCCCCACGCUCCCCGCUGCGCCCAGGCAGGGGCCUCAACUCCCCCAUCCGCUCCCCUCUGCUGCCCCCCAGGGCCUACCGGGGCCCCACGGAGCACGUCCGGCCCUCCUCCCUGCAGAUACCUGUGGUCAGCUUCAGUGCAGUUCCUGCUGAACUCAGCCCUAGAUUUGUGGAUGGCAUUGAAACAGACCACCACUCUGUUGCCUCACAGAAGUUUGAGUUUAGCCCAAUCAACUCACCUAUGGGUCCAACCUCCCCUUUCCCAGGGAGCCGGGAUAAUUUUGAGAUCAAGCAGAGUGUGUCAAAACUAACAGAUGAGAUGAACUGUCUCACCAGGCAAGUGUCUCAACUCAGCCAGGAGCUUCAGGAAAUGACCAACCUGCUCAGGCCCCUCCUCUGCAUACCACCAAAGCCAAUGACCUCGGUGCUGACGCCAAGCCUAACCCCGCCUCCCAGCAGCAGCAGCCUACUGUCAAUGAGCACCUGCCUGUCCAUGCCCGUGCCCUCCAUCCCACCCUGCUGUCUGCAAAGCACCCAGGCACCCGGCACCCUGCUGGACGGCGGGGACAUCGUGGGCAUGGACCUCCCCGGGUGCCUCCUCCCCACGGCUUCCUCCUCUGCCCUCAGGCCCCCCUCGUCCUCCUCCUCCUCCUCCUCUCCCCCGCCGCCACUACAGCCACAGUACAGCACACAGUCCGGGGUGACCGACCGCUCCACGCCCGCCCGCGAGCCACGCUCGCCUGGGGCAGGUGACCCCGACGGCUCCCCCGGCUACCAGAGUCUACAGAGCCUCCAUGCUGGUUCCAGUGACGGCAUUCACAUCCCCUCAUUCCAGGAGAAGCCUCCCCUGGCUUCCCACACACCGUCCCCCUCCACGUCCUUCUCCUUGUCCACCUCCUCCGCCUCCUCUUCCUCUCUCUCCCCCUGCCAGGGCCCCCAACUCUCUCUCCCUGGCAGCUGUGACGGCAGCGGCCUGCUCCCCCCUCCACCCUCCCAGGACACGCCCCCGCCCGCGCCCCCGCCACCCUUCCCCUGCUCGGCGCCUCCGUCACUCAACUCCUCUCCGGGGAACGGCAGGCCCCGGGCCCUCGGGCCGUCCGCCCCAUUCACGCCCCUCAACCCCCCCACACCCUCCCUCCACCCUUCGGCCCUCUCCCUCCGCUUCUUCUCCCUGGACUCGGUGAGGGAGCGGCGGAGGGGUGGGAACGGCCACGUCCGGUCCUGGUCCAACGCGGCCCCGCCGCCGUGCGCCACAACCGGGCCCCCUGGGAGCCAGGAGCUGGAGAUGCGGGAGUGGGCCGCAGGGCCUCCAGAGGCCGGGAGUUUCCCCACAGAGCACGGCAUCAGUUUCAUAGACGAGGAGGGACACACCCUAUGAACGACCUGCAGCUGCGGACGAAAAGAGAAAGAGAGAGAGAGAGAGAGGAGAAAUGGCUGACAGUAGGAGAUGCCCGAUGCUCUGAUAGGGCAGAGCGUUGAAGCGAUGGAGGAGGGAGAAGCCUACCAUAUACGGUCGCGGUACACCUGGGAGGCGACUUGGACGGGGGCAGCUGUCACUAUUCAAUACAAACAAGCCUUUCUCUCCUCGAUGGUGUCUGAGUGGGAGAGAUUUGUCUCACAGGUUCCACACAACGGCUGAUUUGGCCUCCCCUCCAUCCCAUAGAUAAGAACUCGACCGGUCACUGGAUCCUUUCUGUAUUUCUAACCCUCGGCCCUUGCCGACAAAAACUGAGCACCUGUUCUAUAAUACAGCUGUUAAGCCUCUAAACAUGGAUGUUGAGAGCUCAACCAUUAAACCACUACAAUUAAAGGGCAGGCAUUCCCACUUCAACCAGUAGCUUUGUGCAUGCUAGGUUUUAGCCAAGCCCAUCUUUAUGUCAGAAUACACGCAGGCAGAGGAUACGUUUUACAGCUGUUGUGCAAUAUCAGGCAUAUGACACCAUUAUUUUCUCAGUGAGCAAGCAUAGACAGAGAUGGUCUUAUUUAAGCAUGGAAUAACCACUAGUGGAGCAGAGAAGUUAGGGUUAGAGUCAGUGUGCCAAAGAUAUAGGUUUGAUUCAAGGGAUGGUGAGCAAGACACGAAAGUCAUAGACAUUACAUUUAUUUUUUUCUGUAUUGCCCCACGGACUGUUUACUACCAGCUAAUCAGAUUGUACAGAAACAACAUGACCCCCGGGCCCAACUCCCCACCCUGAGCUUUAGCCAUUCAACCAUUCGUGCCUUCUCUAUAGCGUGACAGACCUCCUACGGUCUGUUACCUUAACUACAGGCAAACAUUCGAUUCCAUCAUGCGAGGAAAGCCACCGUCUUCACCCAAGGAGAAUAUGUCACACUUUUUAUUUAAAAGGAAACAAAUAUUUAUUAAGUUAUGGAUUUAUUUUUAUGACUGAACAACGUGUUCAGAGAAUAUACUUUGUAUGGCGUGUCUCGCAACGAGACACUGGCUGUAGAGCAGCGGGCAGUAGCUCCACCGACCCUCCCACCCUGUACUCACUUUAGGACCGGAAGCAUCUCACCGUGCUGGGUGUAGCCUCUCCCCCCUGAUGCCUAUGUAGCGACAGACACAUGCUGUACAUUAACCAGAACACACCUUGACCCCCAGCACAAGACUUCACACCCCCGGUCAUCUGCUACCCGCCACAGCAGCCCCAACAACCUCAGCCAUCGAGCCACACUACCGCUGGCUGAAGAGUCAAAAUCGACAAAAACAGCAGCGACAAAUGACUUCAAAUCCCAGAGGCCCAUCGCCACAGUCUGCUGGCCAAGCGUUAUCCUGCCUGAGGAGAUUACCUUCUUCAGCAGGUUGGGGUCCAACACAGGUUAUUUGUAACACAGACUGUCAGAGUUCGGGAUAUCUAUUUUCUGUAGUGGGCCGGGUUUUCGCGUGGUAAUUUGGCCAGGACCAUUACGACACAUUGUGAUUACGACACAAUAUGAAACGGGCCAAUUUUGCAGACAACCAUAGACUUAUUAUAUGGGGUUCUUUCUUAAGGGGUGGAAUUGAAAGGGAUAUAAGAUACUUUUUUUUGUGCCCCUCAAGAUGCAUGUCACAGCUAUUUGCAUGAAGAAUGUUUGAGCUGUUGAGGGCAAGUGGGUUAACACCACACACCUGCCUAUUUGCUGGAAGUGGAUAGGCUUCCGGCAUAUUUUAUUCACUUCUACUGUUACAGAAACUUUACAAGGAAUACAUACGGUAAACUACAAUAAAGAAGUGUUUUUUAAUAAAUAAAACAAAAAAGACGCAUUUGCUCAUUUUUCCAAACCACAGGCCUGAAUUAGAUUUUUAUUCAAUUCAACCACGUUCAUCUGACUUUGUACAUUGGUGUUCACUCUGCUGAGCUGCAAUCGAAUGAAAGCUCCAGAUUCUCUCUCGGUGAUUGGAUUAUUAUUUUAAAUUACAUUAUUUUUUGCGAUUUCAUGAGUUGCAGCUCAGGUCCAAACUAUUUUUAGAUCAAACUGUAAGAAAAUGUAAAAACAAAAAUGUACACUAUCCUUUAGUUAAAUAAGUCACACAACACAGAGUCCAUCUUUCAGGUGUGCAUAUAUUUGAACGGUAACACUCAUUCUCUCUAGGGCUUUCAUUAAUGAUUGAAAUGCUUUGGGGACAACAGUCUAAUAGUGAGAUUCUGAGCAGAGAGUGAAUCAAACCACCUAGGAAAAGAAGAUUCGUUUUAAUGUCUAUUGUGGUGGAGCCACUUAGCGCCUUACCCUCUAGGGCUCAGGCGUUUAACUUAUUUUUUUUGAUAUCAUGAUUACAUGCUCCUUUGUCCUCGUCUUGACGAGAGUAGAAGAGAGGUGCUAGCUUUGGGCUUUGGGUUUGACAGGCAAGACGAGGACAAGUGAAUCUCCCAACAGUGACGGGGCAAUCAAUGUCAACCUCUGCAGAGUCACAGACGCCGCCCGCUCCAGUCGUUUUGUCUGAGCAGGCCUGCUCAGAGGCCCGCAAGAGAAACGAUCAAAGCUACAGAACGGCAGCAUUAGUGUCGUAAAGUGGAGGGAAGAUGGCGCGAUUAUAAGCUUUGAUACUCGGUGCUCAUUAAUAACAAAUACCCUAAUUAAAUUGUUACUUGAACAGAGGAUAGAUUAGAGGGGAAAUAAUGUCGGUGAUGGCAUGGUUGAUAUUAGUUUUGUUUGGUGUCUCUGUCAAGGUGCCUCAACCCAACUGCACUAUAGUGAGAUGGGUAGGGGUAUGGGAGGGGGGGGGGGGGGGGGG